AUGAACAUGAGGUCAAUGGCAAAAGUAAACGAAAACGAGAAAAGGGCAAACGAGACCACCAAAGAUUCGGCAGAACAACAAGAAGCCGAGAAGAACAGGAGAAUAGCCCGUACAUUCGCCAUUGUUACGCUUUUCCUGGUGAUUAGUUUCCUCACCACAACGCUCUACCAGUCGUACAAAGCCACCAGUAGAUUCUUUGGGUCAAAACAGAGGAUAUCUAAAGUGGAGGACGUGAUAGACGAAUAUCUACCAGACGUCAUCACCUUUAGCGCAAGUCGUCCAUGCUCGGAAAUAGGAUACCUUGACCUGAGUUCAAGUGGAACAUGUUUUAAAGUAUUGAGUGCCAAGAAAACACAACCAGACGCUAUGAGAGAAUGUACAAAAGAUGGCGGAUAUCUAGUUCAGCUCAGAACUGCAGAGAAGCUUAAUAUGGUUCAUAAUGUUAUAAAGGACAUGCCAGAUUUCGGAUUCUAUAUUGAUGGAAGUGAUGCAAUAAAAGAAGACGACUGGGUACUAUCAGAUGGAAGUCCCUUCUACAUGAAUUGGAACCCAAGAGAGCAUGAUGCUAGUUUCAAAAUGUCGGAACAGUGUCUGCUUUUGCAACCAGAUGGAACCUAUAAUGAUAUGAACUGUACUUGGCCGUUUCCAUUCAUUUGUGAAAGGCAAGCAAUGCCUUAUUUGUAA